UUCUCGUUUCGUUCUUCACAGUUUCACACACGCUCCACUCUCUCUCUCAUUUUUCAAAUCCCUUAAAUUGACCCUUUCUUUCUCAUUUCAUCUUCACACACUUUCUCUCUCUUAACGAGAUCGAAGAAUCGAAGAAGAAAAACAAGAACGUCAUGAAUUCUGAUACCCAACCCGAAACGGCGUCGUUCUGGUGUUAUAGUUGCACGCGCUUCGUUAACCUCUCAGAUCACAGCAUCGUCGUUUGUCCACACUGCGAGAGCGGUUUCGUUGAAGAGAUCCAAGCCGGCGAGUCGCCGCAUCACCACCGACUCAGUCCUUUCCCCGACGACGUUGUUUCUACACGGAGACAAGGGUUCCGUCGCCGAAGACGCGACGCGGGAAGUCGGUCUCCGUUCAAUCCUGUCAUCGUGCUUCGUGGAGCCGGUGAAGAUGGCGCCGAUCAAGACGGUGGUAGCGCGUUUGAACUGUUUUAUGAUGAUGGCGAUGGUUCUGGUCUUCGUCCUUUACCACCGACAGUUUCGGAGUUUUUGCUUGGAUCUGGAUUUGAUCGGUUGUUGGAGCAGUUUUCGCAGAUCGAGAUGAAUGGAUUUGGACGGCCGGAGAAUCCGCCGGCGUCUAAGGCGGCUAUUGAGUCUAUGCCGACGGUUGAGAUCUGUGAGGAACAGGUUGGUUGCGAAUUGCACUGUGCGGUUUGUAAAGAAGAGUUUGAGUUAGGUACGGAGGCGCGUGAACUUCCCUGUAAACAUAUCUACCAUUCCGAUUGCAUUCUUCCAUGGCUGUCGGUGAGGAACUCGUGCCCGGUGUGCCGCCACGAGCUUCCUUCUGAUCUUAAUAACCCUUUGGAAUCUAGGGUUUCUGGACAAAUUGACGAGGAGGCUAUAGGGUUAACAAUAUGGAGGUUACCUGGUGGUGGAUUUGCUGUUGGGAGAUUCUCCGGUGGACGGAGUGCAGGGGAGAGUCAUUUUCCGGUGGUCUACACCGAAAUGGAUGGUGGGCUCAAUGCAAACGGAGCACCGAGAAGAAUUUCGAGGACGGUGAGAAGUCAUAGGGUUAGGGAAAGCCGCGGAAUUGGAAGAGCUUUUCGGAAUUUCUUCUCAUUCUUUGGGAGAAUCGGUUCUAGGUCAAAUUCUGGUUCUGAGAAUGCUUCUGUGAGUAGAAGCCGUAGCUUAGUGAAUUCAAUGUUCAAUAGAAAUUCGCGCAGGCGUAGGAGAACUUUGGAGCUGGAAGAUUGAUUAUGUAAUAGCAAUUAACAUGGCAAUUUUGCAAAAAAAAAAUACAUUUUUUUCAUUUGGGUUUAGUGAUUCUCAGAUUCAUAUUGUAAAUAGUUUGUAAUUAGCAAUUACAGAAGCAUGUUCAUCAGUUUUCACAUCUCUGUGGAAACUCUUUUGCUUUGAUUGAAAUUCAAAUUCAUAAUCAAUAGAAGCUGUGCUUUGCUUUGCUUGUUGGUCA